UAUUCCAAUUUUCUCUCCAGACUGUUUGCAGGACAAUACAGACUUUCGGAGAUCUCAAGGCCCCUUGUAAGUUUAGCAAACAUUGGAGAGAGAGAAAGAGAGAGAGAUGGCGACCCUUUCCUCAACCCAUUGCCGUUCAUAUUCACCAUUACCAUCAUCGUCUUAUGCGCCAUCUUCUUCUUCUUAUUUAUGCUUUAAGCUCGGUCAUCGUCAGAGGGUAUCGGUCUCUUCGAGUUCUAAACGUUUUCUCGAGGCUAAGGUCUCCAUACAAUCCCAUACGAAUUCUGUUGGCCGCACGCAAGAUGGAGCAGUGACAACUACAGUUGCACCGAUUGAAAAUGACAUUCCUUUUAAGAAACUGAAGGAUGGGUUGUUGUCAGUUUCAUCUUCGGACGAAUGUAAAGAUGCAAUGACAUUUGAUAUCAAUGAAAAUGAGCCUACUGUCAGUAUUACUGUGGUUGGGGCCUCUGGGGAUCUUGCCAAGAAGAAGAUAUUCCCUGCACUUUUUGCACUCUAUUAUGAGGAUUGUCUCCCUCAGCAAUUUACUAUUUAUGGUUAUGCUCGGAGUAAGAUGUCUGAUGCUGACCUUAGAAACAUGGUUAGCAAGACCCUUACUUGCAGAAUUGAUAAGAGGGAGAACUGCACUGAAAAGAUGGAGCAAUUUCUUAAAAGAUGUUUCUACCAUUCUGGGCAGUAUGAUUCGCCAGAAAAUUUUGCAGAGCUAGACAAGAAGCUGAAGGAACAUGAGGGUGGAAGGGUUUCUAAUCGCCUCUUCUAUCUAUCAAUACCUCCAAAUAUAUUCAUAGAUUCUGUUAGAUGUGCAAGCUUGUCAGCUUCAUCUGGUAAUGGCUGGACUAGGGUCAUUGUCGAGAAGCCCUUUGGUCGAGAUUCAGAAUCCUCGGCUGCUUUGACGAAAGCUCUCAAACAGUAUCUUGAGGAGGAUCAAAUAUUCAGGAUAGACCACUAUCUGGGGAAGGAGCUUGUGGAAAAUCUAUCUGUUCUCCGAUUCUCUAACCUCAUUUUUGAGCCACUAUGGUCGAGGCAGUAUAUAAGGAAUGUGCAGUUGAUAUUCUCUGAGGAUUUUGGCACUGAAGGACGUGGAGGGUACUUUGACAAUUAUGGGAUUAUAAGAGACAUAAUGCAGAAUCAUCUGCUUCAGAUACUAGCCCUAUUCGCAAUGGAAACACCAGUUAGUUUGGAUGCAGAAGAUAUCAGAAAUGAAAAGGUCAAAGUUCUACGUUCGAUGAGGCCAUUACAACUAGAAAAUAUGGUGGUAGGGCAAUACAAGAGUCACACGAAAGGAGGUGUUACUUACCCAGCUUACACUGAUGACAAGACUGUACCCGAUGACAGCUUAACUCCAACAUUUGCAGCAGCUGCCCUCUUCAUAGAUAAUGCAAGAUGGGAUGGGGUGCCUUUUCUAAUGAAGGCUGGGAAAGCAUUACAUAAUAAGAGGGCUGAGAUAAGGGUACAGUUUAGGCACGUGCCUGGCAAUUUAUAUAACCGGAACUUUGGGACAGAUCUUGAUUGCGCUACAAAUGAGCUUGUUAUCCGAGUGCAGCCUGACGAAGCUAUUUAUUUAAAGAUCAAUAACAAGGUCCCUGGUUUGGGUAUGAGAUUGGACCGAAGUAACCUGAAUCUUCAUUAUGCAGCAAGAUAUUCAAAGGAGAUUCCAGAUGCUUAUGAGAGGCUUCUCCUGGAUGCUGUUGAAGGGGAAAGAAGGCUGUUUAUCAGGAGCGAUGAACUGAAUGCUGCUUGGGCACUCUUCACACCUCUGUUAAAAGAGCUCGAAGAGAAGAAGAUUAUACCAGAAUACUAUCCUUACGGUAGUCGGGGACCUGUUGGGGCCCACUAUCUUGCCGCAAAAUACAACGUACGGUGGGGCGAUGGCGUAGAUCAAUGACUCUCAGAAUGAUUUGCCAUUGUGAGCAUAAAGCUUCAAGGUUCUUAUUUGUUCAGGAGGGUGCACCAAAUUGAAAUUACCCGGGUGAUCAGAUGGAGAAGCUUAAUUUACAUGGUCCAAGGGACGCGGGGACUGUGAAAUUAGUGACAUGAGCAAAUGUGAUCCAGCUACUGAAGCAAAGCAUGAAAUUCUCUCGUUUGUCACGGAAUCAGCAUUUAAUGAACGUGUAAAUUGCCCAUGAACGUAUUUUCCCCAUUUUUUAUAACAUAAGAUUAUUAGGCACUCAUUGAAGUUACUUGUCAAAGACCCAAAAAAUAAAAGCUUAGAACUUUUUGAAAUGAAUAGUUCUGUGAUCUGCCAUUGCAAUAAAUAGUUGAAAUAAAUAUUUGGUUGCA